AUGCACGAGCCUGAUGAGGCCUGCGCUGGGGUGCAGGAGUGGGAGGAGGGGCGCUCAUACAGGCUGCUGCAGUGUCACGGGCUUCUGCAGCCUGCAGUACCGUCCGUGGCCGGCAGAAGCAGUGAGAGGCAGCGCCCGCGCGUUCCCACAGCUUGGAGAAGACCCCGGCUGCACAGGCUUUGCCCCUUCCCCUUCCCUCCCCUCCACUCUGCUCCCCUCCGGUUGGCAACUGGCAUCCGGUCCUGUGGGUCUGGGGGCGGUGGUCUCCGACUCCAGACCCUGGGACUGCGCGUCUUCUCAGCAGCUGCGGCAGCAGCGCCCGUGGCGACGUCACUGCCCUCGCGGCCUCGCACACAGGGCUCCAGCCGGCCGCCGAAUGCCCGUGGACGCGCAUCUCUUCCCAGAGUUCCUGCUUCCUGGGCCAGCCAAAGCCGCAGGGAACACCGCAAGAAAAUAUCUUCUCUAAGUAUUCCCAGAAGGGAGCAUCGUGAAGAGCGAAGGAGGAAGCAGGGAUCAAGAUCAAAAAAGAUUAUGGCUUCCCAAUCUCAUAUGCCUGUCAAGAGGCUUGCCAUUGAAGCAAGUGCCCUCACUGGGAUGGAGAGCACUAUGUCUCAGCCUGGGACCAGCACUUGCAUAACUCUCCAGGAGGAGAGCUCCCAAAGGCCUCUGAUGCUCAGCUUGCCUCCAGCAACUUCAUCUCUGCCAUAUACUCCAGGGACCUUGGAGAAGGAAAUGUCAGUUUCUCAUUCUGGGGAACUCUAUGGGCCUCCUACUCUGCCCAUCAUAAGCUCAAGUCUGAUCUAUCCAUCUUAUGGCAGUUCUGACUCUCUUCUGAUGCAGCCACAGGUCCCUAAUGCCUCGGACCAAGCUUCUGUUUCUGCUGCCUUAGAGUGGCAGCAGAUGAUGGAGGCUGCCGAGGCUCUCCUGGCCCUGAAAAACUCUUCUCGGGCUGCUGCCAACUCCAAGUUAUGUCAUCAGCCCUCCAGCCCCCCAGGUUCUGCUGGAGAUAUUGGACUGGAGCCUUCCAGCCCUUGUGCAAGAUCCAAUUCGCCCAACUCUGUUUCAGUGCCUAUUGGCCAUCUGGGCUACAUCUCCCUGUUAAACUAA